AUGGCAUCUUCGAACUUAACACUUUCUGGAAAGGCGCUGACAGGCCCCAAAACUGGGAAAAAGAUGAACUUCCUAGAUAUGUCUUUAGAUGAUAUUAUACUUCUUAAAAAGAUAGACAACAUAAACACUGAAGACACUGAAACACUGAAUGGGAGACAGAACUAUAAAAGAAGGAACUCAGUUUCAAGAAAAUCAAAUGCUCAUAGGACUUGCCAGCAGAGAGGAUACUCGAGAUUCGGAAACAACCAUGAAGAAAGAAAUCACAAUAAAAAACCAAGCCAAGAUCUUUCUGGAUUCAAGUUUGGGCUGAGCCCUUUAAAGAAGCAAUCUUUAAUUAAGCAGGAGAAGUACAAUGAUGAAUAUAAGGCCCAAUCAGAGAAGAAUCAAGGCCAAUCAGAGAGGAACCAGCAUCAAUCAGAAGGAAAUCAAGGCAAAUCAGAAGGAAAUCGAGGCCAACUGGAAGAAAAUCAAUACCACUCAGGGAGAUCUCAUUGUCAGUCGGAAAGAUCUCAAGGCCCAUCAGAGAGAUCUCAUGGUCAGUCAGAGAGAUCUCAUGGCAAAUCAGAGAGAUAUCAUUUCAAAUCAGAGAGACCUCAUGGUCAAGCAGAGAGAUCUUUUGACCACUCAGAGAGGUCUCGUAGCCACACAGAGAAAUCUCAUGGCCACUCAGAGAGAUCUUGUGGCUGUUCAAAGAGAUCUCAUGGCUAA